CACACGGUGAAAAAUGAAGAAAUUGAAACGGAAAGCACUGCAAAACGACAGCGUUUGAACUCUUGCGGGAACCUUUGAAACUUCGCUCUCUCUGUAACCUAACUCAGUUCAAUUCAAUUCCGAUAAACCUUCAAGCCAUCACAAUCAAACAAGUCCCAAAAACCUUCAGCGAAAUUCUCCAAUGGACGUAAAAGCUUUAGCAAAAUCAAAGCGAGAUCACACACGACAACACAAUAAAAAGUAUCACGGAAAUCAAAAGCUCAAAGUUCAAUCACAGUCUUCGUUUCCUUCUUCCGUCCCAAACCAAGACGAUGCAAAAGAGCCAUUUGCAAAGCAACAAGCAAUUGAGAAGAAAACCAAUCGCUCUCGUUCUCAGGCGCUUCCCGGAAAUUGGGACCGGUAUGAAGAAGAGGAUUCGGAUUCUGUUCCUGAAAGUUCAAGCAAAACCCUAGAUGUUGUUGUUCCCAAAAGUAAGGGCGCUGAUUUUCGACAUCUUGUUGCUGAGGCUCAAUCUCAUGCAGAUAAAACUCUCGACGACUUCAAUGAAGUUCUUCCUUGGGAGUUUGGAGUGGGAUUAAGCUCUAUACUUUCAGCUAGAGGAGAGGGCAUUGUAUCGUGGGAUGGAGAUGAUAAUUUUGUUGUACAGGACAAGACUAUUGCAAAUCAGGAGGCAUCGUUGAUUUCCUUGAAUUUGCAUGCUAUUGCUCAAAAGCUUGCAAAAGUUGACUUAUCUAAGAGAUUAUUUAUUGAGCCUGACCUGUUGCCCUCUGAGUUGCGUGUGGAAGAUUUGGCAGUGGGCAGCGAAGAACUUGAACCUGACGAACAAGAAACUGCAGUGGACCAUGAACUAUCUAAGAGGAUGUCUAAAGAAUUAAAUAUAGAUGAUUCUGCAGCAGAUCAGUUUACAUCAUCUAGUUCAUGUAGUAGCAGCCAUAUCGCUUCUAUAUCUGCCUUGUCCGAUGACAUUCUCGUUCCUGUGAACGUAGGGAAACACACCACAAUUGAGGCAGCUGCUGAAUUAGAACUGGAUAUGCUUCUAGAUACGCUUGAUGAGUCCAAGUCCAAUGCUUCAUUUACUGCUCCGGUCGGAGUCUCUUCUAAAGAACACCCUCAGAUUUCAAUUAAAGAACCAGUUUCAACCAGAAUUGCAUCUAUUACUGCUAGUCUAGAUGAUGCACUUGACGACUUGCUAGAGGAAACAUCCACUUUGAUGAAGCCAAAUGUUUUAUCAUGGCCACGAGAAGAAAAGCCUAUCAACCCCAGCAUGCUCUCUUCACAAUCCCAAAACAAGUCAAAAGUUGCAGCGGAUGAUUUUGAUUCAUGGUUUGAUACGCUUUGAUUAGUCAAGUGCCAUAAUUCUUGCUGAUGUAUAAUAUGUGAUGUGUUCAUUGCUGGUUUUGAGAGUGGCCCUGUGAAUGAAAAAUGGCAUUCUUUUUUACCUUCUACUCUGAAAUCCGAUCCAAUUUGGUCGAGGAUUAAAACAAAGAGUGCAAACCACAUUGUACAGAAUUUAGUGCAUGAAACACGCUUCAACUCUUUCGUUCAAAGUUAUUGGUUCAUGGUUCAAUCUAGUCAACAAUAUCUUUAUUCAAAGGAAAGAUUCACCGACACUACAGCCGACCAUCGACUUUAAAACCCAGGUUAGGCAUAUAAUUGUUACUUAGCCAGAAAUGAGGAAGAUAUUUAAAGUUCAAACUUACCAAUGGCUAGAGUCAUGUUAGGAUAUAGGUUCAAAUAUUGGUUUGUUUAGACAUGAAAAUAUUGUUUUACUUUUGCUUAAAUCAUGGUUUAACAUUAAAAUUUCCGUUUAAUGUGUUUUUAUCAAAUAUAUAACUUGUGGUAGAAAUCCAAUUUAUACAGUUUAUAUUAUGAUUUUGGAGAUGGAAAUCAUAAUUUAAACAUGGCAUAGUUAAUGCUAUGUUGCUGUCUUAGUAAUUGAUUCCUUUAUUUUUUUAUAGUUAUCAAAGAUAGUUUGAUAGUCAAAUAAGUUUACAAAUUAGAACAUCUAUAUUCUGGCCGCCCUAAGUAUUUUUAACCCUCUUGACUUUCAAGCCUUUGAUUCUUUGGGGCAAAAAAUCAUCAUAUUUAGAUUAAAAUUAUAUGCGGUUCAAUUUGGAUGUUUUCUUUGAAAAACUAUGAUCCAAUUAAAUGCAGUUUGAAUUCCAUCAAUUUAUUAAUUUUUUUUAUUGCAUAAUUAUAUUUUUAUGUUAUGUGAAAUAAUAUAUAAUACACAAAAGUAAAAAAAGUCCAAGACAAUAACUUGGGGCAAAUAGUCUUCUAUUUGUGUGAUAGGCACAUGGGGAAAAACUAUGAUCCAAUUAAUGCAGUUUGAAGUUUUCAAUAUGUGCAGUGAAAGCAGUUUAAAUGACGGAAAAAAUUGACAUUUUCUUUUAAAGUGAAGUUGUGAGAACAAGUGAAAUUAGAUUUACCAGGUUGUAACUCUUUUAUUUUGAAAAUUCGAUAUUUAAGAGACCAAUAACAGAAAAAUUGUUAAAAUUUAUGAGAUCUCAGUAAAGUAUUUCCGAGUCAAUUUCAAUGAAAAAGUAAAUGGGAUUAGAGUGUUUUUAAAGAUGCAUUUCUGAAUUCAUCUCAGUAAAUGGGAUCAGGGAUGUUUUUAAAGAUGCAUUUCUGAAUUCAUCUUAGCAAAUUUCGGAAAUGGAUCUUUAAAUUAAUUUUUGACAAAAAUGAAGAAAGGUGCAUCCGAAAAAUGUAUUUUUUUAAGACAAUUUUAGAUUUUAAAAAAAGUAUGAAGUAUAAGAAAUGACCCUUAAAAGUAUAAGAAUAAAGUAUAACUCAAGUCUCAAACCUGGCAAUUUCUAUAUUUAGAUACAAAUUAAUAUUUUGGGCCAAUUUAUUAUAGUUUUUGUGUAAAAAAAUUAUGACAAAAAUACAAAUGAUUUAUUUUGUUUGUGGCACCAUUUUUUAAAAUGGUUAUUUAAAGAUUAUUUUAAAUAAGAAGCUUGUUGUCGGUGAUUAGGCAGAUUUUUUUUCUUCCAUUUGAACUAAUUUCAAUAAUUCUUUUAGUUUCUUUGAUAGGUGCAAUUGUCGUAGCUCGACAGUAAUGAAUCUCUAGAGAACUAGUAAUAUAAAUCAAGAUUCUUUUUUUUUUUUAAUUUUCUCGCAUUCAUUUCUGUCGAAUUCUAUGUGAAGUGAAAGAGUUUUUAUGUAGAAAUUUUUUUUUAUUGCCGAUAUAUUUUUUUGUUGCAUGGAAAUAGGCCUAAACCUGACCUGAAGGUUAUCGUAUGUUUAUUUUUUUGGUCUGAGUCUGACCUUUUUGAAAGCCUGAUUGACUUAUUAGUCUACUUAAAAGCCUAUUUCAUAUGAACAUAUGUAAAUAAGUCAUUUAACUAAAUUUUAUAUAGACUAAUUAAUUAAAAGAUCAGUGAGCCUAUGUAGUCUGGGUCGUAGACUCCUGUUAGUCAAUCUGACUUAUUCCAUCCUUAUUGGUGAUCCCAAGUUUCUAUGUAAUUUGCAAAUAAAAUAAAUGCAUAUUAAGCUAUGUAACUUAAAAUAAAAUAUACUAACUUUGUAAAUAAUUUCCUAAACUGCAAAAGUCAAGUUGGCUUAGAUCAGCAAAUAAUUCCACUUCAUGUUUCCUACGUGAGCAGUGACAUCUUAGACAACAUGGCACUAAUUGCAACACAUCAGCAUGAAUAACUCUUUCAAGUAAUUGAAGCCGACAAAUAGUUUUUUUUUUUUUUUAUGUCUACUUACGGGUUCCAUUUAAAAUUCGAGCAAAAUUCUGUACUGAUUAAUCCAACCCAAAAAUUGCUUGUGUCUGAUUUUAAGAGAAAUACACUCUUAAUCUUAAACCUUCACCAA